CGCCCGGCGGCCAGCACGCACUAAGCACACUGGGAGCCGCCAUGGCAGACAACCCGGUGUUGGAGCUGUUGCUGCGGCGACUGGAGGCAGCUGAUGGCGGCCUGGACAGCGGGGAGUUGGCUACGCAGCUGGGCGUGGAGCACCAGGUGGUGGUGGGCGCCGUGAAGAGCCUGCAGGCUCUGGGUGAGGUUAUUGAGGCUGAGCUUCGUUCCACCAAGUGCUGGGAGCUGACUGCUGAGGGUGAGGAGAUUGCUCGGGAGGGCAGCCAUGAGGCCCGUGUGUUUAGAAGCAUCCCUCUUGAGGGCCUGGUGCAGAGUGAGCUAAUGCGACACCCCAGUGGCAAAGUGGGCUUCAGCAAGGCCAUGUCCAACAAGUGGAUCCGAGUGGACAAGAGUGCAGCUGAUGGACCCCGGGUGUUCCAAGUGGUGGACAGUAUAGAGGAUGAGGUCCAGAGGCGAUUGCAGCUGGUCCAGGCAGGCCAGGCUGAGAAGCUGGCUGAAAAGGAGAGGAAUGAGCUCCGGAAGAGGAAGCUGCUGACCGAAGUGAUCCUGAAAACCUACUGGGUGAGCAAGGGCAAGGCCUUCAGCACAAGUGUGUCCAAGCAGGAGGCAGAGCUGAGCCCAGAGAUGAUCUCCAGUGGCUCCUGGAGGGACCGGCCUUUCAAACCCUAUAACUUCUCUGCCCAAGGGGUGCUCCCAGACAGUGGCCAUCUGCACCCCUUGCUCAAGGUCCGCUCCCAGUUCCGACAGAUCUUCCUGGAGAUGGGGUUCACGGAGAUGCCUACGGACAACUUCAUUGAGAGCUCCUUCUGGAACUUCGAUGCCCUCUUCCAGCCUCAGCAGCACCCAGCACGGGACCAACACGACACCUUCUUCCUGAGAGAUCCCGCUGAGGCCCUGCAGCUCCCAAUGGACUAUGUUCAGCGGGUGAAACGGACCCACUCCCAGGGUGGCUAUGGCUCACAGGGCUACAAGUAUAACUGGAAGCUAGAAGAGGCCCGGAAAAACCUGCUUCGCACUCACACCACAGCAGCCAGUGCCCGCGCCCUCUACUGCUUAGCCCAGAAGAAACCCUUCACACCAGCCAAGUACUUCUCCAUUGAUCGUGUGUUCCGGAAUGAGACGCUGGAUGCCACCCACUUGGCUGAGUUCCACCAGAUAGAGGGUGUAGUAGCCGACCAUGGACUGACCCUGGGCCACCUCAUGGGUGUGCUGAGGGAGUUCUUCACCAAGCUGGGAAUCACCCAGUUGCGCUUCAAACCAGCCUACAACCCCUACACAGAGCCCAGCAUGGAAGUGUUCAGCUACCACCAAGGUCUAAAGAAAUGGGUAGAAGUUGGCAACUCUGGGGUUUUCCGCCCUGAGAUGCUCUUGCCCAUGGGGCUCCCCGAGAAUGUGUCUGUUAUUGCUUGGGGUCUCUCCCUGGAGCGCCCAACGAUGAUCAAGUAUGGCAUCAAUAACAUCCGAGAGCUGGUGGGCCACAAGGUGAACCUGCAGAUGGUAUAUGACAGCCCUGUGUGCCGCCUGGAUGUCGAGCCCAGGUCUUCACAGACACAGGAGGCUGCGUGAUAUAGGCUGCCCCAGAGAGCUCUGUCCAGUCCCUGUGCAUCCCCCAGCGGUGACCUUGCUAAUAUUUAUGAGGCCUCUGUGAGGCUAGCUCACUCCCUCUGCUCACCCACCCAGGGGCAGGGUCCUGAGUGCAGGAAGCAGGUUUCUUGUGCUGGCCUUUGGUGGUGCGUGUAGUGUUCUUGUAAGGGUGGAUUUGGGCCCUGCGGGUCAGCUGUUGUCUAAUAAAGUAGGCACUUUCUCUUGUGCAGUGCCUUUUGUUAGGA